CCACAGUGUGAGAGAGAUUGGCGAAGAGGGUGGUGGUGUGGGAGUGUGUCUGUUCCCCACUGUCUCCGUGACAAAGGCUGUGCGCACCGUGUGAAUGUUGAACGGUGCACUGUUGAGGCUGAAAGAAAACGAUUGGGUUGAAGGCACGCACACACUGCAGUCGUUGAUCGAUCCGUAGGUGCCACCCUGUCACUAGUCCAGUCACCAAACCUCUAAGAAGCGAUCAUAUCAACAUUCGGUUCUCCCAAGCCUCGCGGAGUAUCUGAGACGUGACCUGAAGCUGUCCUCAAUUCAAAGUUGCAGAUAUGAAGUCCGAAGUGUUCGCGGCGUCCGACUUCAUCGUGAACCUCUUGCGAAUGAGCAGCCCCGGAAGUCUGACCGACCGUGACUUGCUGCGGUUCCGCGACACGCUGGCCGUGGUGAUGAGGGAUCACUACCAUAACCACUGGUUCCCGGAGAAGUCGUUCAAGGGCUCCGGCUACCGUUGCAUCAGGAUCAACGGCCAGAUGGACCCAUUGGUGGCGGCGGCGGGCGACAGCUGUGGGCUGGACCGGGUCUUCCUACGGUCUCUGUUCCCCAGCGAACUGACCCUGUGGGUUGACCCUCGGGAGGUGUCGUACCGGAUCGGCGAGAACGGCUCCAUCUGUGUCCUUCUCGACGAGAAGGUGGUGGAGAGGUCCCGAUCGGACGGCUGCAAGGACCUGAUGCGACCUUCCUACGGUGGCUUCGGCGAGCAGUGGGCGGGCGAGCCCAUUAUGAAGUCACCAUAA